ACACAACCAAACCUGAAAAUGAUCUACAGAAUGGAGAAUGGAAGGGCUCUGAUUCAUGCUUCUCCCAGGUCUAUGUGUUCACAUUCACUUCCUAUUAAAGAAAUUUCAGUACGAUAGAAGUCGGUAACGUCAAGAAAACUAUUCAUCAUGGUGCGCGUUAUAACUCAAGAAACUUACGACGAAGUCGUCAAGGAGAAUAUCGAGGAAUUUUCGAUGACACCGGAGGAAGCGAUCAAUGAUGCUUGCAAACAAUUUGAAGCUCAGGGUGUUGAUCUGAGUAAUAUCAUAAAAGAUCUAGUCAUUUCAAACGAUUCCGAAACGAUAAAAACAUGUUUGACAAAACUUUUGGACCAUGUAAAAUCGAAAAACUUGGAAGGUGUUCCAAUCAUCUUGGAAAAAUUACAAACUGAACUCGACAAGGACAUGGCUAGGAAAGUUCACGCUGCAAAACUUGGAGCGUACUCUGUACUCACGGAUCUUGUGGAAGCAUCGAAAAAUGACAGCAAAACUCUUAGACCAGUGCUUAAAACACUGACUUCAUUAACCACCGGAUACCCAGAUUUAUUGGACGCAAAAGGAAUUUCUCUACAAAUUGAGCUUUUAGAUUGUGAGCACGACAUAACCACUAUACAGUUGUUGCUACGUUGGAUAAGACAAUGCUGUAUAAAACAUGAAAUGAACAGACAGAACAUAUUUAAUGCCAACAUAUUUGAUAAACUCAAACUGCUCUUAGAACGCAACGAGGUUACUGCCGGUGAAGUGGGAGAUAUUUGCUCAGUAUUGAGAGCUUUGGUACUCGAUGACGACGUGAGACACGAAUUUGGAAAAGCACAUGAACAUGCGACAGGGAUUGCGAGGGAAUCUUUGGGUGUACUCACCUCACUGAUGCAGAGAUUUCGCGGCGAUAAGUGUGCUGUUGGUGAUCUGAUGCUUACCCUAGCUUCUCUGAUAGUGAGAAAUGAGUUCUGUCAAACCGUUGAUGACGCUGGUGGUCUAAAGUUUAUUUUAGAUGUCAUGGUCGAAUAUCCAGAUACAGAGAAACUCAAUCGACAAGCCCUGAAAUUACUAAAAGCCUUGGCUGGUAAUGACGAGGUCAAAGCUCAUAUCGUAACCUCUGGGGGGGUGCCUCUGAUUAUAUCUGUGAUCAGUAGGCUAAAGGGCCAUGAGGAUAUAGCGUCAGCAGGAAUGGCUUGUAUUUCUGCGUUGACUUUGAGAAAUCCAACUAACGCAGGCGUUUUCUAUGACUGUGGUGCUCCACUGGUCAUCGUUGACGUGAUAAAGAGUCACCCGGACAACAUGAACGUCAUUAGACAAGCUUCAUGGGCGAUACGAAAUAUGUCUGUGAGGAAUAAGCCUGAAUCUAGAGAGUUUUUAGUACAUGGAGUUGAAGAGCUGCUCAGAAACGCGAUGCAAUUGCACGGAGAAAGGCUAGAAGAGGAUAUAAAAGCUGCUCUCAGAGAUCUCGGAUUGAAAGUUGAACUUAAGGAGAGGUGGGUCGGGAAUCGGGGCUCAUUAGCAAACGUCGUUAACUGACGGGAUCAGCUUUAUAUAAACUGCAUUUUUAAUUCGUCGAAGGUACGAUGAAAUAUAACGAAAUGUACUUGCUAGACGAGUAACGGUUGCGUUAAAUUGCGACUCAAGGCAUGAAAUUCAACUAAAACUGCUAAAACUAUGUAAAACUGCCCGCUACUCAACUGACUACGAAAAAAAUGAGUCCGAAAAAUGUUAUUCCAUCUUUGAUGAUUGACAAGUAAAGCGCGUUGAUCAGAAAUUGAACUGGAACAAGAGUUAAUUAGGCAUAAAAAUAUUUAUCCAUGUACCAAAUUUAGUAACCUUUAUCCGUGUUAAUUGAUAUUUUUUAUGAAGUAAACCCGCUUUCUCUAUUGAUUCACGCAAAGAUUUAUUUCAAUUCGUAGCUUAAUCUUGUAAUUAGAUUCAUAUUCCGAGAUUAAAAUUCAAAGAAUAA